GUCCUGCUGUAGGCUCACCUAGGAAACCGUUACCAAUUCGCUAUCAACCAAACACCGGAAAAAAAUUCGCUCCCCCGGCUGGUUCGGUCUGGUGCGCUUUGCUUCCACAGUUCAAUUCUACUCACCAACCACACGAGACGCUAAAAAUGUCGAACAGCGCUGUUCCAUCAUUCGAGAAGCCUCUGCAGCAUCUGAGCCUCCCGGAUUGGCACUCCCGACUGAAUCAGCUAAAAAAUGUGUCCUACAGCAAGCGCACGGAUGCGUUCGAGUUGCGGCAAACAGCGAGAAAUCUUCGGAACGAAACCACAAUCCAAACCUACUGGGACACGUAUCACAACAAUGACAAGAUAUCGGACCGGGCGGCGGAACUCGAACGUUGGAGGGAAACGAUGCGGAUCCUUCUGCAGCGUGUGUGCGAUGAGAUUUGCGCGUUGAAGGAGGAAAAAUCGCUCACCGAACGGGAUCUGGAUGCGCUGAUAACCCCGCUCACGGUUGUCACCGAAAGCAUCAGCAUGCGGGAUUGCCGGUUGGGUUCGGAACUGACCUACGAUGAGGGUGAUACGGAGCUCAAGAAUGAGCUGUGUAUCGUGGAGAAUAAUCAGCGUUUGUUGAGGGAUCAAAAUCAGGGCGCUUGGCAGCAGCUGAAUCAAUUGCAGGAAAUUAAGUUCAAGUUGGAGCUGGAUCUGAACGAUAAGGACGAAGCACAGGCCAUCGAUCAGCAUCAACUUGAGGUCGAUAAGCACUGCGCUGCCGUGACAUAUAAAACGGAUCCGACGAGGGUUCCCAAGAACUCUUGCACAUACAGCAAUUGGCUUCAGUAUUGCGAGGAACUGGUGGCAUUGACCGAGAAGACUCUUUCAGAUUCCGCCGCAGUGCGGGAAUCGCUGUUCGCAACUCGUGAAAAAGCCAGAAAUAUUCUUAAGGCCCAACAGGACCGAACAUCGCACACUUUGAGGAAGAGGAUUUUCGAGACGCAACGCGCUCGCAAUGAGCUUGAGUAUCAACAGGGAAAGAUGAAGGAGGAGAUGGACAAAUGCGCUAGUGAAAUUGAGACAUUGGAGAAACACAAUAACGAAAAGAUGGAAGCUCUGAAGGUGGUGGAAACGCGCUUGGAAAAUCGCGCCCAACGUUCCGGGAUGGAGCUUUGCAUCGAUGAAUCCUACCACGGGUUGUGUGACGAGGUUUAUAAACUACGGGACACCAUAAAAAUACUUCGGGAGAAGAUCAACGCAGCCAAAACGAUGUACAACAGUUUGCACGAUUUGGCUAAGCAGGUGACCCAAGAUUUGGAAAACAAGCAGCACGCGCUUAUGACAGAUAUUCGCUCGUUGGAUCUCCGCAGUCGGUUGAACACGGGCGAGUUUGGCGGGAAAUCAACCCAAACCGAUCGCAAUAUUCAUCUCUCCCGCCUGGAGGACGAAAUACCCAAAUCAUAAGUCAACGCCACCUGUUCAUCGGGUCAAUGUGUUAUUUUGCUUCGCGUGUUCCAGUUUCAGCUCUUUUUUUUCACACCUUUCCGUGGUUGCAUGUCCUAACACCAACAGACAGGUUCAUGUGUGCUCUCGCAUACAAAACAGCACAGCAUAUUUUGUAUCAGCACUUGCACUUAUUGGGCAUUGAUUUCCAGCCUUCGAUAAAGGGUAGGUUUCCACAAAAAAAAAAUUCACUGAAACUGGAUUUUUACAGCACAACAUUAAUUUCCAAUUUCGGUGCACUACGAAAAGCAAGAGUAUCUA